AUGGCUGCAGCAUCCACCAGCUCGCCCUCCCUCACGCCCACGUCCAGCGCCUUCCGGCCCAUCCUACUCUACGACAAGGACGCACCAGCCACCGUCAUCGCCUCCGUCGUCACCGCCAUCCCUCAGCCCAGUGGCUGGUCCGGUCCAGCCGACUACAUUGAGUUCCGCGUGACCUGCGCCUUGCCCUUUUGUCCCGCCAACUCCUUCCCGCCCCAGACCGUCACGCAGCGGCAGGGCUCCGUCUGGGGCGGCCACCAUGUCGUCGCGGGCACGAUCACGGCUUGGGACUGCCGGCUCGGUAGGAGCGGUGACGAUGACGAGGGCGAUUACGGCAGUUGCUACACUACCACGCUGCCCCCCACGGGCCGGCCCGUGCCGACGACGGGCAGGUACACGCGGGUCGGCACCUGCGACGUCGACGCCCGCUCGAAAAUGAUGUUUGUCACGGCGGGAUUUAACGAGUAUUUCAAGGUCAUGCCGGCCGAGACGGGGCCGCCGAUUGAUCUCCCGAGCGCCAUCACCUCUGUCUUGCGCUCGGCGCAUUGUCCGAGCAGCGCGUUCCCGACGCCGGGCAAGGUAGAGUCCAAGUCAGCCACUGCAACUUCGACAAACGGAGCAUCAAGUACCGAGUCAAGACCAGCUGCUACACCAACCGGUGAAAAAUCUAACGCAAACAACAUCUCCCGUGCCUUUUCACUACUCCUCAGUAUUCCGCCUUUGCUAUGGCACUUCGUGUAUGGAGAAGCUGCUGGGGCAGUCCACUCGAGGAUCGUCAUCGAGGUCGAGCCCGAGGCGGAGGAGGCAUGGAGCCAGCGCGUGCUGGGCGGCACCGGGUACCGGGACGUCUUGUCCACGUGCACGCCGGGAUACCUGAGCCGCGAGGGGCUCGGGCUGCGGAUUGCGCAUGGGCUGGCUGAGACGGCGGACCGGGAAGCCGCGGCGAGGACGGCAAGAGCGAUACCUUGGAGCGCUGGUCUACAGGCGUUUUUGGAUGAGCUUCCCCACUGGCGCGAGGAUGUGACACUUGCUGGAUAUCGUAUCAGCGGCUUUUGA